UUUAUAAUAAUGAAAAUAGUUAUUGAUUUUAGUGGCUACUAUUAUAAAAAUAAAUUUAUAAUAAAAGAAUUUUGUUCGUUUCGAAUACAUCACUUAACAAUAAUACCUGAACAAACAAUAAUCACUAAAGAUCUAAUUACUUCUAUUCCAUCGCGACCACAAAAUGAAAGUUACCAAAAAUUUAUUGAUAAAUUCGGUAUUAACAACACUCUUAGUUCAUAUGAAUUAAAAAAAUUACGCGAAAAAAUAAAAUUAGCAAUAGAUAGAAAUAAUAAUAUUUACGUACGAAAUAGACAACAAUUAAGUAAAUUGAUAAGGUUUAUUAAUGAUGAAAGGUACGGUUGUAAAGAAGUAAAAUUAAUGAGUGAUUUAGGUUUUAAUGAUAGCUAUGAAUUGACCGAAACAAAUUGUCCGUAUCACAGUAAUCAAUCGAAUAAUUAUUGCGCGGGUGAUAAUGCAAGAUUAAUGGCUGAUUGGUUAAUAGAUCGUAAGUUAAAUAAAAUACAAUUAUGUAGAAAUAUGCGAUUAGUUAUCAAUUUCAGUGGUUAUUAUGAUCAUAGAAAUAAAUAUAAAAUUAAAGAACUGAGUAUUCAUGGAUUGAAUGAUGAUGGUAAUAUCGUUUAUCAUAAACUAUAUGUUACUACACCUGCAUACAAUUUAACUAGUUUUAUGAACGAAAUUGUCAAAAAUAAAUACAAUGAUAUUUAUUAUGAUAAUAUUGGUAUUAAAUAUGAAGAUGGUAACCGUGAAUUAUUACGUACACAUAAGAAAAUUAGUGAAAUUAUAUUGAAUAAUGAUGUUAAAAUAAUUUAUGUUAAAAAUUUUGAUUAUUUCAAUCUAUUGAGAAAACUUGUUACAAAUAUUAGACGAUUCAAUGUUAUUUGUUUGGAAGAAUGUAAUUAUGUUGAAAAUAAUGAUAUUAAUUUCGUUUGUCAGUAUCAUACACAUGAAAAAAGUAAUAAAAAUAUAUGUGUAGAUAGUAGCGGAAUUAAUAUGGUUAAUUGGAUACUAACCAACGAGUUUUAUAAAUAUGAGGUUAGAGAUCGGUUUCAUAAAAUAGAAUUAACUGAUGAUAUUGAUGAUGAAUUGGUUAAAAAAUUUAUAAUAGGUGGUUAUAAUGAAUUACCGUUACUUAAUUCUGAUGAUUUGGAAUUAUUAUAAAAUGAUUUUGAUGAUCUAUAAAAAAUUAAUUAUGAUAACUUGGAAUUAUUAAUUGUUUAUUAAAGAAUUACAUUUUUUUCUCGUGAAAUAAUAAUAAAUUUUGGUUUUUGUAAUUAUUUACG